GGUCACUUGAUUCCAAGUUUAGUUCGUCUUUAUCUAUGGUUUGUUAGUAGUGCACUCUGCGGAUAGCGUGUUGUGCAUUCUUCAUUCAGUUCUUCAGCAAAAUGCCGUCAUGCACCUCAGAAAGUCUGUCGCGAUUGUCGUGGCCCAGCAAUGAGAGCAUUCAUGCGGGCAGCAGUUCCAGCGGUUCUGGACUGCCCAGCCCCAAUUCGCCGGCCUGUUUCUCGCCCGAAUCCACAUCGCCAGACAACACGUUGAAAAAGCGCCGCAUCAGAAGAACCACUUCGUUGGGAAGUAUUAUUCGCGAACCGUUUGUGAUUCGCUCCGAUGCCCGGGACCUCAGAAGCCAGUCCCAGAGCCCAGUGCCUCAAAACAGCGCUCAAGAGGAAGACAUCUACUCCUCAAUAACCACCAUCAUCGGAUGGUACCCGAUGUUCCUAAUCCGCAUCGCCCAAGCGAUCCUCGUGGGUAUUUUACCGAAAACGUGGAAGCAACUCGUGCUCGCUCUGCCCAUGCUAUGGAUUUCCAUGUGGCUCUGGUUCUUCAGCCAAAUGUUUCGAUUGCCGUGGCGAAUUUUCCUGUUAUUCGUCAACAUGUUGCUCAGCAGCAAUGUGGGGCAUACGAAUCCGCGGAAGCGCACAGUGCUGAUCAGCGGCGGAAGCACCAUUCAGGCGUUGCAUUUGGCGCGUAACUUCUACUCGGCCGGAGCCCGAGUCGUUGUUUGUGAAGUUCAAGGAGUGUUUGCUUUGACGCGUUACUCCACAGCGGUUAGCAAGUUCUACACGGUGCCGAAACCCACCAGCGACCAGCUGCAGAACUACGUUCGGGCUCUAUGCGAAAUCGUGGAUCGAGAGGAGGUGGUUUACUAUAUCCCGGUGAGUGCCACCACUUCGGCCUACUACGACGCCGUGGCGAAGCCCCAUUUGGAGCUGCUGGGGUGCAACUGCUUCUGCCCGGGAAUCAAAGAAGUUUGGGUACUGGACGACACCCUGGAGGUGCUGAAGCGAUGCGAAAAGUACCAGAUCGACACCCCCAAUUACUACCUCGUCACCUCCAAGGAGGAUGUUUAUCGGCUGUACGAUACCGGCACCAUUCGGAUAGGGAAUUACGUGAUGUCCACUGCAGGCCCCAGCGGGCUACGCGAUCGAGCCAAAGUGGUCCUGCCCUUAUCGAAAGCCGACCUGAAACUACCAGGCGACAUCAGCCAGCAACGGCCAUGGGUAGUGGUCCAGGACCUAGAAGGCGACCAUUAUCUCACUUGCACCACCGUGAAAGAAUCCCAAGUGAUCGCCAAUGUCACGUGCAAGUUGGACAAGGACAACGGCCUGAUGCCAGUGGACGCUGAAGAAAUCAACCAAUGGCUGGCGAAGUUCUUCAGGAACCUGCAACUGCUGCGGCCAAUCACCGGCCAUGUCAGCUUCAGGUUUGUGGUGUCCAAGGACACCAACACUAUCAGGCCGCUUAGUAGCCGGGUGGGGGUGUCGCUGCCUUAUAUCUGCUACACCAAUGUCCAUCCGCGGCUGAUCUGGAGGCCCUGCAGGCAUUUCAAUCGCCAGAACUCUGGGCCAUUGGUUAAUGGCUCUGGCACCUACAAGAUGUCCGAUACGGUGUUGAACACUCUGAAGAAUCCCUCACUGGAAACAGUGACGAAACUGAUAGGCACUGUUCUGGAUAAGCGGGAGGCGCUGUUUACCAUUUGGGAUCCUCUCCCCUACUGCGCCUACUAUCACAUGCAGUUGCCCUUUAAACAUAUGUUGGGGUUUAUGAGGCGCAGCCAGGACCGGUUUCCUAGGCCCAUGGUGAAUCCGGUGCGUUAAUCCACAGUCCUGAGUAGGAGAGAGAUUCAAGACCCGGUAUUAAGGCGCUAGUUGCUAAGUUGACUUCUUGCUCUGAUCGAUCACUGUACAUAUUGAUGUAGUUUACGUAGUCCGUCCCCUGUAUGUUAAUCAGCUAGGAAUUUAUUGGUUUUGUAUUUAUUUUAUCCGUUUGAUUAAUUAUACUGUUUUGAGUUGCCAAUUCUUCAGCCUGAGGCAAACAAGCUGAUUGGUGAUCCAAUUUUUUCCUCUAAGUUUACCAUUGAUAUUUAUUUGUUUAAAAUACUUAAUAUUUAUAUGAUGUACCACUUUAUUUGUAUACAUAAUGUACGUCAGAAGGUAUCAUUGUAUCAAUGGAUUUAACAAUAAUUCUUAUUAAUAAACUGAAUAUACCGACCGAUUCGAUAAAAA